AUGAAGCCAGGCCCCGGGGCCGAGGCGACCCCCGGAAUAGGAGCGCCCGAGCUGCUCGCAAAGGAGCAAGCAAUAAAGAAACAAAUGUUUCCAGAAAUGAAGAAGCUUCUAGAAGGAAGGCUGAGCUGGAAGCAGCUAUUAGGAAGAAAAUUGAGUACGAGAGGAAAGCUUUGAAUAUUGUUGAACAACUUCUAGAAGAAGAUGUUACUGAAGAAUUCCUUGUGAGAUCUGUACAUUUUAUGUGGCUUUUUUUCACUGCAGGGGAAACACAUCACAUCUGGACACUACAAGGAUGUCGUAGAAGAACGGUUUAUUAUCAAGCUCUGUGGUUACCCUUUAUGUCACAAUAAGCUAGGAAAUGUGCCAAAACAGAAGUACAGGAUUUCUACCAAAACAAAUAAGGUUUAUGAUAUAACUGAAAGAAAGUUUUUCUGCAGCAAUUUUUGUUAUCGAGCAUCUAAAUUCUUUGAAGCUCAGAUUUCAAAAAGUCCAUUGUGGGUUCGAGAAGAAGAAAGACCUCCUGAUUUGCAUCUGCUAAAGGAAGGACAAAGUGGUCAUUCUGGUGAAGAAGUCAAGUUACGUGAUGAGGCUGUUAAAUCAUCAGACAUUGAGAAUCCCAGCUGGUCAAAAAGCCAGGAUGAGUCUGGUUCCUCCAGUACACACAGUCACAGUAGCAGUGAUGAUGAGCAAGGAUUUGUUUCCUCUCUUCUACCAGGAAACAAAUCAAAUGUAGCCCCUGGAAUUCAGCAGCCAUACCCAAAAAGCAUUCUGAAAAAGAGGCCUGGCCAGAAAGCCAACUCCAGACACCAAGACAAAGACCAAAAAGCAACAGAUGUGGCCGAGCAAUUGAGCAGGUGUACGUUAGAUGGCCAGGAGAAAGCCAGCUCUUGUGCCCUUUGUUUACAUGAGGAAAAUAGCUAUGUUUCCCCAGAUUUUUCCUCAGAAAAAUCAAAAGCUUUGGCAAAUUCUGAAGAUGGUUGUGACAGAUCACAAAUAACUCUUGUAGGCAUAAGCAAAAAAGGAGCAGAACAUUUUCGGAGGAAAUUUGCAAAGUUGAAUCUAGGCCAAUCAGGUACCAGUCCUUUGCAGAUGGGUUCUGUUACAGCCAAAGCAAGCUUGUUUGUAGCCCUCAAGGAGACUUUGGUGGAGUGGAGGACAGAAGAAACAUUAAAGUUUUUACAUGGCCAGAACUAUGUCCCUACCACUCUCACAGUCUCUCCAUCUACUCCUCAGCCUGAGGAUGAAAGCAGGGGCCAGGAAGCCCUAAUACCAGGGCUGGAGAGUCACACGUCCACAGUGACACAGCUGUCUCAGAACACCCUGGACCAAGCUUUGCCUUUCAGCAGCUCAGGUACUGCCAUGCACCCUCUGCCCAGUUAUGAGAGCCUAAAAAAAGAAACUGAAGCACUGAAUUUAAGGAUUAAGGAGUUUUAUAGAGGAAAAUAUGUUCUGGAUGAGCAGCCACCUGAAACGGAAACCACAGACAAGGCUGAUCCCACAUUUCCACUCAUAGAUUCAAGUUCCCAGAACCAGAUUAGAAAACGCAUUGUGCUUGAAAAAUUGAGUAAAGUAUUUCCUGGAAUCUUGGGUCCUCUUCAGGUUACAUUAAGUGAGAUCUACACAGAACUUAAAAACCUCAUUCAGACUUUCAGGUUAACAAAUAAAAACAUCAUUCACAAGCCUGCAGAAUGGACCUUAAUUGCUAUUGUAUUACUUUCAGUGCUGUCCCAAGUGAUCCCAAUACAGAAGCAUUCUCAGAAAAAUGCCGUGUAUACACAGUUCAUAGCCACAUUACUCGAAGAGUUGCAUUUCAAGAAUGAAGACCUUGAAAGGUUGACUGGGAUAUUUAAAACUAACUUUUUGCCAGAAUGACGCAGUCCAUGGAGAGACCACAGAAGAGGGACUUCACUUCCUUCUCCCAGGCUGUGCUACUUUAUCAUUUAAGGAGACUGCAACUUUUUCUUUUCUUAAUUAAAGUUCAAGUUUUGGUGUCAAAACUUCAUUGAACGCCCAAGAAACUAUUCACCAGCUUGGCUUCUCUAGGCCAGUUCCAGCCAGCAUUGAAAGUGGCUGACAGAAGACUUAAAAGCAUCUCUGAUUUAGGCUGCCCUCCCCAAUUAAUUACUGAGUAAUAAACCAAUGAGAAUCAAUAAAGAGAAUUUUAUUAGGAA